CUCCGCCUCGUCGUGCUCGACGCCUACGAUCUGAGCGUCCUGGGCAGGGACCCCGACAGCCCCCGCUACGAGGAGUCCCUGCGGCUGCUGCGGGAGAAAAACACCAACGAGGACCUCAACAGCCCCGCAGGGCUCAAAGAACCUCAGUUUGUAGCAUUUAAUGGAGGAUUUAGCCAAGCCCAGCUGAACUGGUUCGAUGAAGUCCUCAAGUUCUCUGAUGAAAACCAAGAAAAAGUUGUAGUUAUGGGUCACCUGCCCAUUCACCCCGAUGCUUCAGACAGGGUGUGCCUGGCCUGGAAUUACGAAGCUGCCCUGUCUGUCAUCCACUCCCACCGGUGCGUGGUCUGUGUCCUUGCGGGGCACCUGCACGAUGGGGGAUAUUGCCUGGACUCCCAUGGAGUUCAUCACCUGACCUUGGAGGGGGUGAUCGAAACGCCCCCGGAAAGCAAUGCUUUCGGGACUAUUUAUGUCUACGAAGAUAAAAUGAUACUAAAGGGAAGGGGCAGAAUUGCAGACAGAGUUAUGCAAUUCUGAAAUGCCAAGUAAAUACAGAUUGCUCUUCAGGAAGGACUCGGGAUAAAAACGUAGGGGAUUCAGCUUACUGUUUGCUUGUAGAAAGGUGCAUGGCUGAUCCUUAUUACUUUAGCUCAGGAUACAGGAUUUCAGAAAUCACCUUUCUGUAAGGAAACAGACCUGAUUUCUUUGUGGAAAAUAGAGAAGGCCAGUAGUUGAAAUAUUGAAUGCAGAAUGUUGACUUGAAACACCUAAUCCAGACUGGAUUUGUUACUGUGAAAAGAUGCGAACCAUAUUAUGAAUAUUUUCAAAAAACCACCCACUGUUAUUCUCUCGGUGAGCAUUAAAGCAUGCAGAGUUGUACCUGCCCAACCGCA